AUGCGAUGCUGCAGGCUAUAUUUCGUUGCGGCCUUCUACGCGCUUCUCGUCGUCUAUAGCGCCGCAGCUGUUAAAGCACCGAAAAUCCAACCGUUCACAUUUCCAACGACCCUAAACGCCGGAGAGAGAACCGGGACGAUAUGCAUCGUCACUGCAGGAGACAAGCCUCUGACGUUCAGCUGGUUCAAAGAUGGGAAAACGUUGGAAACUGACGACAACGUGAAAAUAGCGAGCAAUGCCGAAUUUUCUAAUCUCAAUUUCGGCUCCCUCGCUGUCAAGCACUCCGGAAAUUACACGUGUUCCGUGAAAAAUAACGUCGGAUCGGCGUCCUUCACGGCGGCACUUGCGGUUCACUCACCACCCAAGUGGACUGAACAGUCCCAGGACAAAACAAUCACUGCUGGUAGCAACGAACAUUUCACCUGCAAGGCUUCAGGAUUUCCAACUCCAAGAAUUCAAUGGCUCAGAACAGACGGAGACGUCAGUGUCACGUUGGACCAUGACAACGAGACCCUCUACGUCAGCGCGGCCCAAAAGAAAGACCAAGGCACUUACAAGUGCACGGCCAGCAAUGGCAUCGGGACAACGAUAUCUCACACUGUCCGCCUGACUGUAAAAUGUACGUUAUAA